AUGAAAGAAGAUCUGUUGCUAUUCUUUAAACCUUAUGACCCUUCACACGAAAAGCUGUGGUACUUGCUCUUGCUAUUAUCUUUCAGAGUGAAACUACAUGUAGUUACUCAAAUGCCUUUUCUUUUGUUUUCUCAGUGGAGAUUUGCAUUUGUGUUACAUGGUCCUCCUGAAUACCUACAAGAUUCAGAUAUUGUUUUUGAUCGAUUUCAGAGAAGGGAUAUAUAUGGUGUUUGGGAGCAAUAUCUUGGAUUGGAACACGAUGACAGUGCUCCAAAAAAGUCCUAUGCAGUCAACCAGGUUUCAGAAGUCUACAAUGAUUAUUUCUCAAUUUUGCAGAACCGUCACACAUUUGAGAAGCCUGUGAAAAUCUACAACUAG